AUGGCAGGAAGCGGAUGGCGAAGAAGCGCGGGUCGCCUGCGCACUCUACGCGUUCUGCUCAGAGACACGAACCGCGCCCUGCGAGAUGUGAGAGACGUGUUGAAUUGUGAUCCGGAUGUGUCAUCAACUGUAGAAGACAUAACUGAACAAUGUUCCCGCCCUACGGCGCUGGUUAUUCUAGGAACCAGUCCCGAUGCAAAGGCUCGUCUUGUGCACUGCAUUCUUGGAAGGCGGCUGCUGCCCGACCCACUUCCCAGAGGAUGUCGCUGGUUACGCAUUCAGUAUGGGUCGAGCACCCAAGUGCACCUCACGCUAGGGACAAGUGAGUUCGAGCUGGUGGAAGAAUUGGAGUGCAAUCGACAGCCAUGGGACACGUUGCCUUUGCAGGAUAUUCUUCGCCAAGACAGUAACGACCUCACAACGAUGCUUGAAAUCGAACUGAACAAUUCCUUCCUCAAAGAUGGUCUUCGAAUAAUCAUUCCGCCGGACCUUGAAACCGAUUCUGGCCAAACAUCCUUACACGAUCUAAAAGAGCUCUACUCAGAUUUUUAUCAAAAACGGGACAACAUUUUACGGAAUUACUCCCCGAUAUAUCUCUACGCGCUGGACCGCUAUGGAAGGAAUAUUUUCAACGAACCAAUUAAUAAAAUGUCGGUUUCGAGAAGCGACGAGGAUUUUUGGGCGACCUUUGAUUUGUAUAAUGUAACGAAAGUUGAUAUAGUCAAGAAAAUUUAUCCCGUUGUUUGGAAGGAGAGCUGUGAACCGGCGGUUUUUAGUGCCGAGAACUGUCUCGAUCUCCAUCAAAUAAAGGAAAUUAAUCCCAGAUCUCAGGUCCUUUUCGUGCUUUUCUCUGACAGUCUGAGUGAAGACCGGCGAAUGGAAGUGAAUGAAGCGACUGAGUCGACUGAAUCGCCGUAUAGGAGUGAAGAAUUGCCUGAGUCUGACAGAGAUCUUUUGAAAGAUGGAGUUGCUGCCACAAAGUCUUUGGAUCGGAAAGCUUUAGAAAUCCGAUCUCAAGAAGAAAAGACAGCGUUCUUGAACGAGUUGCUUGAUCAGUGGGAAGUUGCUUCAAUCUCUGCAAAGCAUCGCGCAAAAUCUCAAUGGGUGAUUUUAGACGACUCGGAUAUUUUUAAGAACAUAGAUAAGACGGAAGUACAGCGUAAGAAAGAACCAGUCGCACGUACAGUUAAAAGUAGAACUGUAUUGAUAAAUAAUGUACUGAAGUUCGCGACUGAUUGCGUACAAAACUGCAUAUUGGAACACUUCUCGGUUCUAAGUGAAAUACAUGUAAAGGUACUUCAAGAGUUGAUAUUGUCUUCGUUUGACCUGGCGAGAGAGUUACAGGUGGUGCCUAAAAAGAUACAGUAUGUUGCCAAACAGGAACAGUAUUUGUAUGAAACUAUAAAUGCUAAGUUCUCAGAGGGUGACAAGAAACAGGAAUUGGUGCAGAUAAUGCAAGAAGUAUUACAGGAGAUGAAAUAUGAAAUACACAAUAUGGAUUGGAGUGUUGAUGAUCUCCCGUGCCAUCAAGACAGGCAAUUUAUGAUCUCGAAUUCAUGUUUCUACACACCCAGAAAAACUCCGAAUAAAGCAAUACGACUGAACCAAAUCAAUCGGCCACAAAGUAGUACUCGAAAUGGAAACGAUUUCGAUGAAGCAGAUUCGUGCCAUUUGGUGGACGAAGACAAUGUGAGUUUGUCGGAUGGUGAAGAAGCGCUGUCGUACGAUAGUUUUAACAUCGAUGAUUACGAUAUUGUGAUGUCUAAUGAGGAAAGCUUUGGAGCUAGUCAGAGUUAUAUAGAUUAUUUUAAGAGUACAAGAGAGGCUCUCAGCGGUACAAUCCCGAUAGCGAACGAAAGUGAAUCCCUCCCGCUUUCUCCAAGUUUUAGUGGACGAAGCACGGUAUCUACUUGCUCUAACACCACCUUAUCCACCAAGCAGGCUUCGCUUGACGUGCAAAGGACAGUCUUGUCAAAACUAAGUCACAAGAUAAGUGUGAAGCUUGUCAAGUUUGUAGAUUGCCUCAAAGACACUUACUUCGGAACUUUGCAGAGAUGCCUAGAAUCGUUGGAGUCGUGUUGUCGUGAAGAGCUAGGCGGUCGUCCGGCGAGUGAAGCGAUGCGGCAAGUGGUGUCUGCGGCGGAUCGGAUCGACUUGCAGCCUUGCGCAUCCUUCUCCCUACUGAGAAGCUUAUUGGACUCUAUUAGAAGACUGUUCUAUAGAUUGCGAGUAGUGACUGGCGAAGCCGAAUCGGCGUGUUGUGCGCUAAGUCCAAUUUGGCGACGGCAGGUGGCGCUUUACACACUCGCGUCCCUCUCCACGCAUAAGCUCGCUCGUCUCAUCUCCGAACAGAUCGUGGAGCGUCUGAGCGUAGCUCAUGGGCGAUACCAAGCGGCGCUGACGUCAUUGGACACUGCGCUUACUGCACGUCUGCAUAAUACUGAAGACGUCAAACUCACCAUUAGAAAGAAGUACGCUCCGCUCUUCGCCCGGUUGUGUCUAGAGAGUACAUCAAUGUGUGAUCUACUGAUGUACGGUGUACCGGACCUUGGCCGAGAAAUCGGUCGAGGUCAGUACGGUGUGGUAUACGCAGUGCGUGGUUCAUGGGCGGGAGCGACGCCUGUGGCCGCUAAGUCUGUAUUGCCUGCAGACGAUAGGCACUACUACGAGCUAGCUAUGGAGUUUUUCUAUACCAGGAGCAUCCCGUCCCACCCGCGUAUAGUCCGCCUACUCGGGUCCUUGGUACAGCGUGGCGGUGGCGGAUGUGUUAGCGUCACAUUGGUCUCAGAGAGAUGGGCUCGCGACCUUCACACUGCUGUAAGAGCUGGACUCAGUUUCGCCCAAAGGAUGAAAGUCAGCUGUGAUAUUGUUGAAGGCAUCCGAUAUCUUCAUUCCCUAGGCCUAGUCCAUCGAGAUAUUAAACUCAAGAAUGUCCUCUUGAACAAUGAGAAUAGAGCUGCAUUAUCUGAUCUGGGCUUCUGUGCGGCUGGAGCGCUGGUAUCGGGGUCUUUGGUGGGCACACCUGUACAUAUGGCACCCGAACUGCUGGCCGGAAGAUAUCAGAGUGCGGUUGAUGUGUAUGCCUUUGGAAUACUCUUCUGGUAUCUCUGUGCUGGUAGUAUCCGCUUGCCGGCUGCUUUUGAGAGCUUCCAGAACAAGGAACAGCUAUGGAGUAAGGUAAAACGAGGUCUUCGACCGGAACGCUUACCCCAGUUUUCAGACGAGUGUUGGGACAUAAUGCAGUCCUGUUGGGCCACAGAGCCUUGCCAAAGAGCCUUAUUAGGUGAUAUUCAACCGCGUCUAGAGGCAGUAUUACGCACUGCUCUUAUCGAAGAUCAACCCGGACCAAUAUUCACACAACGGACCAGUCUUUCGGAAGACGACAGUCUUAAUAUGACAGGGCUGGAUGAUUGA